CUCGCGGCGUAAACUUUUCCCUCCUCCACGCUGAGUCACGUGCGCAGGAUAUACGUUAAAAUUUCAUAAGAAACUAAAUUCAUGGAGAAUAAAAAUCAAUUUAACGUGAAAUACAGAGUGACAUUACCAUUUGGAUUUCAGAUGUGUGAAAUUGAAAACGUUUAAUUGCUCACGCUAAUUUGUGAUUUGUUUUAAUAUCAAGUGAAAGAAUCAGUUAUCAUUAUUCAUGUCCCGAUGGAAAUUUUCCCGGUUGAUUUAGUAUCGAGUGCCUUCGGCAUAAUGUUGGUCAUGGAGGUGGGAAUGGGGAAAUUCUUCGCGUGUUUCCCAAACUUUCGUGACACUGUCGCAAGCAAGUGCGGGCUUCAUCGAUUUCAUUAAUUCACUGUGAGUGAUAAUUCCACAUGAGUCGGUGCCCCAAUCAUGAUCGAACAAAGUGAUAAUUGAACCACUGUGAAGAGCCGAGUAAUUGUUACAUCAAAGCAGAAAUUUCCUUUCGACCACGCAGGAAGGAAACAAAAUUCUUUUUGAUCCUAUUAAUUUUCAAUUUAGAUGAAUUGAAGUGGCUCUCGUUAGUGUGGAUUAGGUGACUAAAACGAAAAUGAGUCACAAACAAUAACAUUGGAGAACUGAACAAUUAGCAACCGAUAACGACUCAACGAUUUCACAAUGGAUCUAAUGGUGGUGUUACUUGUUGUACUGCUGCAGCAAGAGGUGGAGGGAUUGAAGUUGCUCUCUAUUAGUAUUCCACCGUACACAUUCAAAGGUGAUAAUGCGCGUCUCGUGUGCAGCUAUGACCUGGAAUCUGAAAAAUUGUACUCAGUAUCAUGGUACAAAGACAACGAGGAAUUUUACAAAUACGUACCGAGCUCAGACAGAAGCCAACACAGCUAUCAAGUGGAGGGGGUCGAAGUUGAUCAUCACAACUCCAACAGUCAGAAGGUGAUACUGAAGCACGUGACAUUGGACUCGACGGGGGUUUACAAGUGCGAAGUGAGCGCUGAAGCCCCAAGUUUUUUAUCAGUUAAAGGGAAAGGCUACAUGGAAGUAAUUGCAUUACCUAACGGCGAACCUACGAUCACUAGCGAGGAAAAAGUUUAUGCCAGCGGUGACAUUCUUGCUCUCAACUGCACAAGCGGUUCAUCCUUUCCACCAGCACGGAUCACGUGGUUCAUCAAUGGAAUAAAAGUUAAACCAGAUUCAGAGACGCUAGUACCGCACAGGGAUUUAGUGUCAACAAUUUCAAGUUUGAGGCUUGAGGUGGGACCGGAUCACUUGACUGAAGGGCGAAUUGACGUGAGGUGUGAAUCACUUGUGGAAACUAGUGAACGUGCCACCGAACGACUACAGGAUCUGCGGAAAACUCACGUUUUUGUCCAAGGCCACGCGAGUUUAUCAAGCCCGUGUCUUCCACUGUUAACAGCGGCCCUCAUCAUCCAGAGGAUCCUCAUAAUGGGCUGAAUUCAAGUGGAUUCAUUAUCACCUGAGUAUUUGCACCACCGGAAUCAUUGACACAGUGAUGAAUGGAGACAAUCGUGAGCAUAAUGAACUGUGAAGGUUUGAAUGAAUAAAACUGAAUGAAUCGUUGAAAUAACUCAAAUUAACGAAAUAGCAAAAACAAAUACAGAAAAAGGUGAAUCUUUAAAUGAUUGUUAUAUUGUACAGCGGAGUAUGUGUGUGCUUUGUUCAUUAUUACGGGUUGUACGCUGAUUGUUUACAACCACCUAGCCCGUACAAAACCAGUGCAGUGAGGCGUACCGCUGAUUGAAAUACCUAUUGAAUCACUGGGCGGUUGUAUUUCAUGACGACUCUUUUCGCAUUUAGUGUUCAAAGUAAUAUUACGCUGAUAGUCAAUUUCGAUUCGGUUUUUUCCGAGUGCAUAGGAAGACAAAUUAUUUUAUUACCUCAGAGGUAAUCGAACGAUCAGUUUAACAAUAGAGGUGAGAGAACAACAAAACAGUAGAUGAGUCAUGUUCAAUCUCGUGUUACAAGUGCUUGUCUAAUUAUUUCCAGACUCUCCACUCAAUAUCGGAACCAAAAUGUUUUGCCUCCUCUAUAUUGACGUGGUAUAUCAAAACGUCAGGGUGAUUUUACUGACACUUGAAUCCUCCCCCACAUUCUGUUACCUUCCACUAAGCUUUUGUUCCAAUUAUAACUUUUAAUUGGUACAAGGUGAUUAAUAAGAAGCCCAGGAAUACUUAACCGCUUAAUUACGAUGGACGUGCAAUCACUGAUAACUAGACUGUGUGGUAUAGCAGAAUGAUGCUGAUGGUUAUCAUCUGCUGGCUAUUCAACACCAAUGUUUGAGGUACAAUUGAAAUUUCACUGUUACGGAUUUGAUGUUUGUUGAGAAUUCGUGUUAAAAAAUCACUGAAGUUAAUGGGAGUGAAUUGUUUCUUGUACAUAUUGCGACGGCUGGUUAUGUCGAUAUAAAUUUAUUAAAAUCGUUGGUAUGGUAUGUUGGAAUUGAAGGGGAAGCUAGAAAUUGGGGAUUUGACUGAUUAACAUAUUUAGUACUUGUCGCUCAUGAAGAGAAAAAAAAUGUUCCAAUGGGAGAAAAAUCGAGCUAAUGAUGCCGCGAGAGAUGACAGAAACAAGAUGAGAGGCAUUACGAGACGAGUUGAAAUUGUGCUUCGAGAUAGAAAUGAGCAGACGAGACAAGACGAGAAAAAAUGGUCGAGAAAACGAGAGAACCCAGACGAGACACGAGACCCUUAUUUUCUUCGACUCUCAUGUUUACGACGCUUAUUUUUUCUGACUGUUAUUUUUUACAUGUGCGACGAGACGAGAAAAACAUCUGCUAUCGACGAGACGAGACGAGAAAAUGCCAUUUAUCCUCUCGUCUCGUCUCGCGGCAUCAAAAACCAACCUUCUCGAAUAGGGAAAUUGCAUCACUUCCUAUGAUUAAUUUGAUCAACUUAACCACGCUUUCUGUCUCACGGGAGAGGAAAAUUUUUCGAUUGACGGAAACGGUACAUCUAUGUUUCAAUGAAAGAAAAACAAAAAAAUGUGAUUUUUCAUUGAAAGAGAACAAGCUCGUUGCGCACUGGUACGAGGUUGCUAAGUCGCCAACAAAGAAGACCAAAUUUACGAAAUACCGUCUAUACAAUUACUGGAAUGGUGGCAACGCACAAUGCUCACAAACUGACGAGGAUCUGCGCUAAAGGGGCUAGUCCUUGACAAAGAAUCUACGUUCAUUGAGCUUUCGGUUACACUGACAAGAGAGAUGAAAAAUCCGCGGGAAAACUUAGCUGCAACGUGCCACCUCUCCUUGCGUUGAUGCUUGCUAUUUUUUUUUCAUCUACUUUAGUUUCUAUUUGUGUUACUCGUGCAGGAAAGGAAAAGUUUCCAACGUCUUUACGGUGCACUGAAAUGCUCCUAGCCUCAUGGUGGAAACCCAUUCAACUGAGAGCUUUCUAUGUGUGGUAAAGAGCAGUAUAAAAUCUUGGUAGCUUUGGAGUCAAAGAAAUAUGAGAUCAAAUUCAAGAUUUUUCUACUCAUAAUGAACAACUCAUUAUAUCAAUGAAAUAUUUCCCUCUCGGAUGAGUACCCAGAACACAGACAUAAAUAAUCCGUGUAUAAUCCUGUAAAUCCCAUACUUUUCUCAUGAUGCUUAAUGUAUUCCCCCGAAGAACGCUGUGUAUCAUAAAGCCUAGGCAGAAUUUACAAUGUAAGUCCGUCUGUAAAUUGAAUGAACAGGGAAGUGUAUGAAUCAUUAAACGUAUGUAAAAAAUUGUCUUCAAACAAGAUGAAAGAUAUAGAUGAGUUGGGAGGUCUCCCUUAAAACUAAACUGACAAGCACCAAGGAAGUAAAAAAAAUGAGACAAUUGAUUUAGCGAAUACUCUCGUCUCUGUUACCCUUUGAAAGGCGUUCGAAACGAUAUAUCAUGUAUUUAUGUGUAUGGCCUAAUGUACAUAACUCGCGUAUCUAGAGAAUAAAAUAAAUAUUUAAUUAAAAACGA